GCCCACGCGUCAAAUGCGAGUAAAAAUUCGUGUGGGCCCGUAAAUUUCAAAACUUGUUCGCCCACAUGGCGAAUGAAAAUUUCGGUAACCAACUUUUAAUAUCGAGAUAAUAUUAUCGGGUUCGUUAUGUCAGAAAUCAAUGUGACCUAAACGCUCCCUCAGAUCCUUACUAUUCGCUUACCGUAAAGCGUUGCAAUGACCUACAGUAAAUCAAGAUGGCGAAGCAAACGCAGUUGUCUGCGUUUUUUAAUAUCGGAGAGAUUCAGUCUCAGAAGCGAAGUAGAUCAGCUGAAUCACGAGAUGAAUAUUAUAAACAGUACGAUAAAAAGAGGAAGAGACAGUUCAGAGAGUCAUGGGUUAUUGGGAGACCUUGGCUGACAGAUACAGAAACAGGAAUGAUUUGCUCACACUGCGUUUCUUAUCAAGGAAAUGAAGGAACCUCGGCUUUUACUAAAGGUUGUACUCUUUACAAAUUAGACUCUAUCGUGAAACAUGAACAGUCUAAGGUGCACAAAAACUGUGCUGAAAUUCACAAACAGAAGACCAAGGAAAUACCGGAGGCAGUCAAGAUAAUACAAUCACUGAAUAAAGAUAUUCAUGAUAGGUUGCGCAUUAUGUUUCGAAAUUGUCACUCGAUAAUUAUGAACAACAGGCCGUUAACAGACUAUCUUUGGUUAUGUGAAUUAGACGAGAUUAAAGGAAUUGAGGUGGGACAAACUUACAGAAACAUUAUGUCGGCAAAAUCCUUCAUUAAAGCCAUUUCUGAUGAUGAAUUCAAGAAAGUGAAAAUGGACAUUCUGAAUACUAAUUAUUUGUGUAUCAUAGGUGAUGGUUCCACAGAUUCAUCAGUGAAAGAACAGGAAAUGUGGUUUGCAAGAACAUGUAGACAUGGUAAAAUACAGAUGUAUUUUUUAGGUGUACAAGAGACAGAAAAAGCAGAUGCAAGUGGGAUUCUUAAUGGAUUGAAGAGUUUGAUUGAAACAAAUUUAACCCUAUCAUCUGACUGCUUUUUAAGUAAAGUUGUUUCUUUGUCAUGUGAUGGAGCUAGUGUUAUGGUUGGCUGUAGGAAUGGUGUAGGGGCACUUUUAAAGAAAAUUCAACCUUCCAUUGUUGUAGUGCAUUGCAUGGCACACAGACUCGAACUUAGUUUGAAAGAUGCAGCUAAAAAGCAUGCCUUGUAUGAUAAAGUAGUUAGAGUAUUACUGCAAGGAAUUUAUUUGUUCUAUCAUAACAGCAGUUUGAACCGCUCCAUGCUUAAACGUUCCUUUGAAGCAUUGAAGCAGGAGAAAGAUAAACUCAUGAUUCCAACUCGAUCGGGGGGAACUAGGUGGAUUGGACAUCAAUUAGCUGCCAUUGAACACUUGCUUUGUUCAUACAAGUUUAUUGUUUCCCACCUGGAACAGAUUGGUACAACAUCUGAGAGGGUUUCAAGUGACAGCAAGAGUAAAGCAAAAGCUUAUCUAUCUCUCUUGAAAUCCCGAAAUGUCAUUGAAUUCCUUCUGUUUUUGAUGGACAUUUUCACUCCUUUGAAAAGAAUGUCUCUGGUUCUUCAAGACCGCAACACCACUCUGUCAAGUCUGUACUGUGUCCUAGCUUCUACUAUCGAGGUCAUCGAGAAGUAUAAAACAAGGUGAGGAAAUCUAUUUACUUAAAUAUCAAAUAUUAUUUAGUUAUAUUUAUAAUCAUUUAGGAAUAACUCAGAAGUAAUUAAAUUACACAACUUAUGGAUUAUCAGUGUUGGGCCUUACCAAAGCAAGAUACAAGGAACAUCAGAGUUUGAAGGAGUAUCUUUGUCAGGACCUGUGAAAUUUUCAAAGGAGGUGUUCAUCAAGUCAGUGGUUGGAAGUCUUGAAACUCGUUUUAGAGAUUUCAGAGAUGCAGAAAAUAUUGUUAGAGCUACCAGGAUAGCAGAUCUUAGAUCUUGGCCAGUUACUUGGGAUGACUUGAAAGGUUUACUUACACAUGUUUUUUUUUCAGGUUCUUAUUUUGUUUUCCACUGUGCAGCUUGAAUGAAUUUUUUACUUACUUUUCAGUUAAAG